UUGGCAGUGUGAUGUUAGCUUUUGUCUUGUAUCAUUAGAUCGUCGAACUUCAAUCAUACAAUCAAUAGCAUUUAUGGUUUAUUUUUAUUCCCUAAAUGUGUUUAUGGAUGUCACUGACUAAUUGUCAAUGCGCUGUCAAACCUUUUGGAAGUCGACCGUGGAGCGACUGCCAAGUGGCGUGGUUUGGACGCUGCUAUUGUCAAUUCUGUUUGGUCAGUCAGCUGCUCAGGGAGAUUUAGGAUCAACACCAUUGGACAUAGUCUUCGUUGUGGACACAUCCGGGUUCUCUAACAGUACGGAGUCCCUUAAUCAAGAAGAAGCGGUCAAAGGUUUCCUUACUGGUUUUCUUGAAAACGCUGACAUCAAUUCCGGUAACGUUAAGGUAGCCAUGGUCACAUAUAGCACUCAUCCUAAGGUUAUAUUUGAUCUCAACAAGUACUCCACAAAGACUGACAUGGAAGAUGCAGUGUUUCUUGCUGACUUUGAGAAAGAAGAGCCAAAAGAGAGAAAUCUCGCGGAUGCCCUCAGUCUUGUUCGUACAAAGAUUCUAGUCCGUGAUCGCCGAGAGGCUCCGAAUGUUGUGUUACUUUUAAUGUCCGGUAAAUCGGAUAGAAACAGUGUUCGGACACUCCAGGAAGCUGAUGGCUUGAAGUUUGCGAGGGCUAAGAUAUUUGGAAUUGGUAUCAGCUUUGACGAUGAUGACGCAGAAGAAAUGUUUGAAGUAUCUAGCAAACCAACGAUGGAAAAUACAUUCCUGAUCUCAUCUGUAUAUGAGCUAGAAAUGCUGAGAGAAUUAGUUUUAAUGCAGAUUUUCGCAAGAGCGGAACAGGCAUUUAAAGCACCAGCUGCAGGCAGCGAAACCUUAGACUUAGCGUUCCUUCUUCAUUACUCGAACUCUGUCUCCCGGGAGGACUUUCAGCGCAUCUUGGACUUCAUGAAAAAUAUCCUCCAAUACUCCGACAUUGAUGACGAUAAACUCAGAGUUGGAGCGGUUGUCUUCAGAAAACGAGGUAUACCAUUGUUUGACUUCAACAACUAUUACUCACAAGAGGAGGUGUUUGGUGGCAUAGACCAAAUUAGCUACAACUACAGAUCCAAAAGAUCAAGCAUUGCUUCAGGAUUUUAUACGGUUAGAACCAGCCUCUUUACAAGAACUGGUGGCGCGCGAGACCUGGCGCCAGAUUUGGUAAUACUCAUCACUGAUUCAAAUGCCGACACUGAUGUUGACCAAACUAUUACUGCAGUCGAACGAAUGAAGGCCGAAGGUGCAGCAGUGUAUGUAGUCGGCAUCAAUGUCACAUACCCCGAGGAGUUACUGAGCAUCGCCUCCAACCCUAGGUACAACGUUAUGGUUAACGACGCGGCGGAGCUGGAAGGACACGAUGAGCAAUUCCAUAAUGACUUUGUUGCUCUUAGAGCCAAGAGUUUUUCUGUUGUCAUACCAGCUUUGGAGUCAUCAACUGCAUCUGGAACAUCUGCAGCUUCAACAUUCUACGUUCCGCUAUCAGCUUCAACAUUCUACGUUCCGCUAUCAGUAAGUGAGGAAGCCGAUAUUGUGCUUCUCGUUCAUUUAUCUCCAAGAAUCACGGAAAUGGAGUUUAUAACAGUCCAGGAAUUUCUCAAAAGCUUAGUGUCCAGAGCAGAUAUUGCAAAUGGGAAAGCGCAGAUUGGUCUUGUUUUCUAUGGGUCGGAUCCGGAAAUCAUAUUCCAUAUUAACCAAUACAAUACCAUAGCGCUUAUGCAGAAAUCUAUUGACGGGAUGCGCACCGACCUUAGAAGCUACACGUCUGAUGCCUCGACAGCCAUUGCCUCUGCAAAACAAAUGCUGAGCCCGUAUUUCAAUCGACGAGAUGACGUACCGGCGGCCAUGAUCUUCAUAGCGGAUGAUCCUGCUAAUAUCAAUUUUGAUGUGAUGAAAGAUGAAAGAGAUCGAGCAAUAGAAGAUGGAAUAAGAAUUCUAACAGUAGGAAUUGGUGUGUCGGACAAGUCUAAACUAGAAUCGCUGGCAUCAGAGUCUGACUUUAUAAUGAAUUAUGACAAUGUAUGGAUGUUAAACGCCGCUGAAAACGACCUUACAGAAAAGAUUUUUGCGUUUCAAAGCGACGGCGUGACUGAAGAUAAAUUGAUCGAAGAAACUACAAUAGCACCUACAACCACACCUCCAGCUGAUACGACAGUGUUUGAAGAAAUUAUAACCAAAUCAGACGGCAUCGUACUUGAGCUGCCUUCUGGUCUAGUUGAUCCAAACAAGUGUUCAUUGGGCAACUCUGAUCUUGUGAUCAUCCUCGAUGCAUCGACCAGUGUUACACAACAGAAUUACGACAAGAUGUUGCAGUUUACAAAAGACUUGCUUCAAAAUGCUGACAUCGACUCGGGGGCUGUACGGGUUGGAAUCCUCAUCUUUAGUACUGAGGUUCAAGUUAUGUUUAAUCUCAACGAGUACUCAAGAAAGGCUGACGUCUUCGCCGCGAUAGACAAGAUCCCUUAUAUCUUUGGAAGUACAAACACCGCCAACGCUCUUCAGACAAUGCACACACAAAUGUUUACGCCUAGAAAUGGCGAUAGACCCAACGUUCCUAAUACUGGAAUUGUUAUUACCGAUGGUGUUUCUAAUAUAAACUCACGGAGAACCAUAUCAGAAGCUGAUGCUGCUCGGACUGCAGGCAUACAUGUAUAUGCGAUUGGUAUUGGCUUGACGGAUACAAGGGAGUUGGAUGGAAUAGCUAACACUCCGAAGACCGAUAACAGUUUUAACGUGCAGAACUUUGAUGAGCUUGUCGGACUCGACAGGAAAAUAUUCAGCGCCCUGUGUCCAGAGAAAGCCGUUACUGUACCCGUGACUACACCCAAACCUAAACCAUCAUGCGGUGUUUCAAGUGUCGACGUAGUCAUCAUAAUUGAUGCCUCCACGAGUGUAACAGAAGCUAACUUCAAAUUAAUGCUUGAGUUCUGCAAGGAUAUUGUCAAAGGCGCCGAUAUCGAUUCUGGAAGUGUUCGUGUCGGUGUACUUAUAUACAGUACUGAAGUUGAGAUCCAAUUCCAUCUCAACCGAUACUCCACUAACGCUCAAGUGAUAGAUGCGAUCGAUAAAAUUCCAUACAUCUAUGGAAGCACUAACACAGCAGAUGCUUUGUUGACGAUGCACCAAACAAUGUUUACAUCAGCGAAUGGUGACAGACAAGGUGUUACAAACGUCGCGAUAGUUCUUACUGACGGUGUGUCGAAUAUCAACUCGAGAAGAACAAUUAAAGAGGCGGUUACUGCAAGGUCAAAAGAUAUAAACGUCUACGUGAUCGGUAUUUCCCUGACGGACACUCGUGAAAUCGAAGGUAUGGCGUCCGAACCCAAGGACAAAUAUCUGUACAACGUCCGGAGGUUCGAAGAACUACAGGGUCUUGAGGAGGACAUAUUCGGUGCUGGAGAGGGUGGCGAUUGUGGCCCCAAACCAAAUAUCAAUUCUAAAGAAACACUAACACAAGCUAAACGUGCGAAGGAUAAGGGUAUUGUAAUAUACGCUUUCGGUGUUGGAUUAGAAGAGUCGAGUGAGUUAGAAGGGAUAGCAUCUACUCCAGUAGAAGAACAUCUGUUUUCUUUGCAACGGUUUGAUCAGUUGGAUGACAUAGUUGAGAACGGGUACUUGACUGAAUGUGAAGCUAUAAUGAAUGUUCGAAAGGCAACGCCUGCACCAACAACCCUAGCCCCAAAAACAGAGUGCGGUCUCUCCAAGGUGGACGCGGUGAUCAUUCUCGAUGCCUCAACUAGUGUAACGGAACCGAAUUUCAAAAAGAUGCUGAAUUUCUGCAAGGAAAUUGUGGACAAAGCGGCCAUCGACAGUGGAAGUGUCAGAAUCGGAGUAUUAAUCUACAGCACAGAAGUGGAAAUAGAAUUCCACCUCAAUAACUACACAAACACUGCAGAUAUUAAAGCUGCGAUCGACAGAAUUCCGUACAUGUAUGGAACCACCAACACGGCUGACGCUCUCAAAACAAUGCAUGAGCUUAUGUUUUCUGCAAGAAACGGCGAUAGACCCGAUGUCGACAACAUCGCAUUUUUGAUCACUGAUGGUAUUUCCAACAUCAAUGGUAGGAGGACGAUUCCAGAAGCUGAAAAGGCACAGGGAAAAGCCAUUCGCGUUUAUGCAAUUGGUAUCGAUCUUACCGACACAAGGGAGUUGGAAGGCAUAGCAUCUGAACCCAAAAGUGGAAACAUGUUCAAUGUUAAAGCCUUUGAUGAACUCACUGGACUCAUCGAUACUAUCUUUGGUGGAGCGGAAGAGUGUGCCUUCAGUGAGCCACCAAUUGCGGUCGCUGGUCCUGAUGUUACACGGCGAUACCCAUCUGGAACGAUAACACUGGACGGUCGCCGUUCAUCCGAUGACAACAAGAUCGUGACAUACACCUGGUCUCGGGAUGGCCGGGACUUGUUUACUGGCGCAACGUUCGAUCUGAAUGACCUUCGUGAAGGAGAGUAUGAAUACAAUCUUACAGUUGUCGACGAAGAUAGACAGAGUGAUAGCGAUACAGUCCGAGUUGUCAUCGAAGCCCAAGAUUUCCCGCCAAAUGCAAAUGCCGGUGAUGACGUCACUAUUCAACUUCCCGUCAAUUCCGUCCGACUGGACGGGCGACAAUCUUCAGAUGAUGUUGCCGUUGUUCAAUAUAUGUGGAAACUAACCAAUGGUCCACCUGGCGUGUCCUUGGAUGGUGAUGACUCUGCUACACUGGUGGUAGACGAUCUUGAAGAAGGCGAAUAUACGCUCACUCUCACCGUAACUGAUGCUCUUGGACAAACCGAUGACGACACGGUCAAUGUUUACGUCAAAGCCCAAGAUUUCCCACCAACAGCGAAUGCCGGUGUUGACGUCACUAUUCAGCUUCCGGUCGAUUAUGUUAUAUUGGACGGCCGUAAUUCCUCAGAUGAUAUUACCAUUGUUCAAUAUAUGUGGAAACUGACAAAUGGUCAACCUGGGGUGUCCUUAGAGGGAGAUGACUCCGCUAGACUGAUGGUAGAAGAUCUUGAAGAAGGCGAAUAUACGUUCACCCUCACCGUUACUGAUGUUCUUGGACAAACAGAUGACGACACGGUCAAUGUUUUCGUCAAAGCCGCCAACCAACCUCCAAGAGCAGACGCUGGUCAGGACGUUGAAAUCCAAUUGCCCGUCAAUCAAGUCACAUUAGAUGGUAGCAGAAGUACUGAUGACGUCAGCAUUGCAAUAUAUAGGUGGCGCAUUCGUGAAGGUGACGAAAACGCGGUAGUAAUGCAUGGAGACAGAAGUGCUGUUCUGCAACUUAGUAAUCUGACUGAGGGUACAUACAGAUUUAGCUUGACUGUGUCGGACGAUGAGGGUGAAAGAGAUACAGACUACGUUAAUGUUGUUGUUAAGCCAGCUGGCGAUUGGUCGACGGUAAUGAACGGAAUGUAACAAUGAGUGGGCAAAACACGGGUAGUCUGGACCUGUCCCGCCUACAAGAGGGGACCUACACAUUUGGCCUGACUGUGUACGACGCCAAAGGACAAAUGGUUGAAGACAACGUUACCAUUACGGUUAAUGCCGCUCCCGAUGCACUAACGGUCGCAAACGCUGGUCAGGAGAUUACAAUCCAACUCACAGACGAUUCCGUGGCGCUUGAUGGAUCACGUAGUUCUUAUUUUUUUCUCAUUUAUUUUUCAACAUACAUCAUAUUAACAUAAAAUAUCAAGAACAUAUAUAUAUGCUUAAACAUUUCUAUGUUGUGUAGAAAACAAUUUUCUAUCACACACACACACACACAAACACGCACACACGCACACAUGCUCACACGCACGCACGCACGCGCACGCACAAACGCACGCACAAACGCGCGCGCACACACAGGCACACACUCACGCACGCAUGCACGCGCGCGCACGCAUACACACGCAUGCACAUACUCACGCACACGCACGCACAAACGCCCGCACGCACGCGCGCGUACACACACACACACUCACGCACGCACGCGCGCGCACGCACGCACGCACGCGUGCGCACGCACGCACGCACGCACGCACGCACACACGCACACACACACACACACGCAGGCACGCACGCAUGCACGCACACACAUGCACACAUGCACACACGCACGCACGCACGCGCGCGCACACACACACACAUAUACACACACACACACACGCACGCACGCACGCAUUCACACACGCGAACGCACGCACACACACACACACACACACACACACGCACACACGUGUAUGGACCAUCAAUUGAGAACACUUGACAAAGUUCCCACUGGUGCGAACAUUCUACUGGGGGCGUCGAUCCAACUGAAGACACAAAACACACACCGGCUAUUGAGGACGCACAAAAUGUAUACCUGCAAUUGGAAACACUUGUUAUAAACAUAAGCUUCAUGUUUUAUUUAAAGAAUAUUCAGAAUGCCAUGGCCAAUGUGGACUAAUACAUACAUUUAAAGUGGGCACAGUUGAUAUCAUACGAAUUAAACAAUCAAUAUACAGUGCGUUUUGGUUUCAGACAAGAGCUACCACAAGAUGUACACAAACACUAAGUUGAGUAUCAUCUAUGUGAAAAUAGAUGUAAAGUAUAAAUAUAUAAUAUAAAAGAGAAUGAUAAAUACGUGCAGAAAGGCUUCUAACAUACGCAUUCACAUUGUAUAAAACAGUAUGAAUUUAUUGCAAAGACACGCAUCAUAUAAACAUAAUAGACAUUACAAUGCUCUCUAUGAUGAAUUUUGUUGUCGGCUCACAAGUGAGACAGUGGAGAUCUGUGUCACAACAAUGGUAAAGGCUUAAUUGAAUGGUUACGAAUAGAAUAUUAUAAAAUGUUCAAAUUCUUUGGAAUAAUAGUAGUAAUAAUUAUAUGUAAAGAAAUGGCACUUUCAAUAUAGGAACCAUCUGUCAUAUAUCACUUCACUUCAACCGUUGGAUAGAUGUAAAAGUAUGUCCUCAAAACUUUUUUGUGA